AUGCACUCUGAGCCAGGCUCGCUUAAGCCUGGUCAUGUUGUUAAGGAGAUAUCAUAUCGCAAGUUAAAGUCCAUUGACUUUGAUCCACUUCGCUCAGAUCGUGAAAAGUCGAAAUUGUGUACGAGGGACUUUUCUAAUUCAUGCGAGUUGACGUCGUCUUAUAACUCCAGGCUUUCAUCCCUCCUUGAAAAGCACGCUCCUCCUCUGAAGAAGACGGUGAUCAGUAGGCAACGCGUUCCCAGGUUUAACAGUGAUAUCAAGGGAGCAAUUAGGGCGAGAAGAAGGGCUGAGAGAAGAUGGCGUAACACUAAUUCCCAGCAGGACCUUCCUGCUCUCAAGGUUGCAGGUAAUCACACUACAUAUCUCAUGAACAGUGCACAUCGUGAUUACUUCUCUAAUUUUAUCGCUUAG